AACCCCAAUUGAUCAGCGCGUAACCUCACCUGGCCUCUCCCCAAGCAAACGCGGUCGUGGUACCGAAACGAGCUUCAAAUCUCCGGGUAUGCAAGGCAUCACAACUCCGAAUUAUGCAAACAUUGUUUUCAACGAUGAUGAUGGUUACGGCUAUGGAGAUGAGGAUGACACACAAUUUGAAAUGCUUCCGCCUCCACGGAAAACCUCACCGGCUUCAACGGAACCUCUCAAAGAAAUAACCAAGGUAAAAAUCAAAGUUUACGGAACUUCCGACACUCGCAUAAUUUUGGUACCAGCCGACAUAAUGUUCGCGGAACUCAUGAGACGGAUACAAGAAAAAUUUGCAUCGGAUAAACCUCUGAAACUUAAAUACAAGGAUGAUGAUGGUUCGCUUAUCAGUAUGACCGACCAAGAGGAUCUGGAAAUUGCUAUCGCAAUGAUACCAAGGACAACUAGUGAAAUAGGCAGACUUGAGCUAUGGGAGUAG